AUGCUGACACCGGCAACGGGCAACAAGCAGCCCCCCUCGCCUGCGGAAGCCACAUUGUCAACGUGUGACGCGACUGUGACGCCGAACGAUUUCCUCGCACGCGAUGCGCCUGCGGCGGAAGCGAUGCGGCAUCUCUCGGCUCCGCGUGCCGUGAAGCAGGCUGGACUCAAUGGCGUGAUGGCGGAAAUCGUCGUCGCUCGCUGCGUCUUCCGGCACCUCGACCUGUACUCGGCUGGCGCGCUCUGUGUUGCUUCCAUGGAGUGCGGAAAAACCGCGAGCAGCUUGUGCCUGCAACCCGAAUUCUGGGAAGGACGCGAGCAGGAGGGCUCUCGCCCAGUGAGCCCGAUGGCCUUCUUCGCCGCGAGCGCCUUCAUGCGCCUGCCUCCGCACGUGCUCACCACGGCGGCCUCCGGCCUCGAAGACAUGCUGCUUCGCGAAGGCGCACGAGGCCGGAAGUGGUACCGCGGGCUUGUUGGCGACGCCAGUCUCGUUGCGAUCGAGGCCUCUCUCGGACACAUCCUCCGCCGAAACGUGUCCUGGCACAGCUCGCAAGCGCUGAUUCAGGGCGCGUCGCCGUGGCGGGCUGAGGCGAUCGCGCGCUUCUUCCUGGCGUUCUGGCCCGCGGACUCGCCCUACCCACGGACGGAGUUCGACUCGGAGGUCUUGGCUGAGGAGUUUGCGGUGCUCGCCAGUGGCAGUGCCGGCGACGACGCUGCCCCGUGGGCGCCUGAGCCCAAAGCGGCAUGGGUCGCCAGCCUGCUUCUCUUCCCGACCCCGCCUCGCGCCGUUGACCCGGCUCUCACCUUUUCGCUCGCGGACGUUCUGCCGCUCGGCGCGAGCCUCGGCCUCAAAGGCGACGACUCCGAGGCGCUGGAGAAGCUGGUGCGCGAGCUCGGCCAGAGCUGCGACGUCCCGCGCGCGGCAGACGCGCAGCAAGCGCCGUCGCCGCCCCUCUCGGAGCACGACGCGGACCUCGUCGAGCCGCCUCCGCCACUCGAGUUCACCUGCCUGCCGUACGCUGGUUCCAGCGUCGCGCUGUGA